GCCUAAAGCCCUCUCAUUUUAGGCCGGCGGGACUUCUCAUCUCUUCCAGCUUGGAUUGAGCCCUAGCUUCUCCCCUCUCCGCAAUGAAGCUCGUCAGAUUUUUGAUGAAAUUGAACAACGAGACUGUCUCGAUUGAGCUGAAAAACGGCACCGUCGUCAAUGGAACCAUUACAGGGGUUGAUGUCAGUAUGAACACACACUUAAAGACAGUAAAGCUGACGCCAAAGGGAAAGAACCCCGUGACUAUGGAUCACCUGAGUGUGAGGGGAAACAACAUUCGCUAUUACAUACUGCCUGAUAGCAUAAAUCUUGAGACUUUGCUGGUUGAAGACACUCCUAAAGUGAAGCCUAAAAAACCAACUGCAGGAAAGGCGUUGGGACGUGGCCGGGGUCGUGGACGUGGGCGAGGACGUGGGAGAGGUCGGUAGAUGGGGCCCUCCGAGUCCUGUUCCGGUAAUGUGACUUCAAUUGUGUUUGUGUUGUUGAUGAAUCACAUGUGUUUUACUCAGAUUCUAUUUCGUGAUGUAGUACUCUAGUAGUUUUUAUAUCAAUGGAUGGAUGUGAUUUGGUAUUUGGUCGCCUCUUAUUUCUGCUUUCCUGGUCCUUCCCUUUUUUUUUGCAAGUUAAAAUUGUACUCCGUAAAUGAAAACAUAGCUACAAA